AUCAGUUUUUUUUCCCUAUAAAUUCAUUACCAAUUCCCUACUUUUAUCAGUUCCACAAUAUCCAAUUUUUUCUAAUUUUCUCUUCUUUAUCAUAAUUUUCAGGUUAUUCUUCCUUCAGCAACCUGUUUUUCCAUGGCAGAAGAAUUUCAAGAAUCUGAAGUCAUUUUUCCAGAAAAUAAUGAAGAAAACGGGGAAUACUGCAAUGCUUCAGUUCAUUUGAAUUCACGAGAAUCAAGAAAGAGCAAGGGCAAAAGGAAAAAGUUGACUUCAGUUCCAAUGAAAAUCCCGGAAAAUGCGUCUACAUAUUCAUUGCUUGAGUAUAUGGAUUCAGAUUUUUUUGAUGAAGAUAGUAGUGAUGACGGAGAAAUGGUCCCACCACACGUCAUCAUCGGACGGCGUCUUGCCGGGAAAAUACUGGCGUUUUCCGUCUGCGCCGGGAUUAAUGGGAAGAGACUUAAAGGAAGGAAUUUGAUGGAAGUCCGAAAUUCAAUUCUCCGGAUGACAGGAUUUCUUGAAACAUGACUUCCGGGAAAAGCCAGGAAUAAAAUACAACUCAAGGAAAAAAAUAUAGGACAAUAUUUUCAGCCACCUUUUGUGGGUUUAAUUUUCAUCUUUUGAUUGUUAUAGAAUCUUCAGAAUUCACAUAAUUGAUUAUAGCGGAACUGAAAAGUGAAAAUUCAUUUUCUCAAGAGAGGAAAUCAAAAUCUUCAAAAUUGAAACCCAGAAAAUAAUAUUCUUAGCUUUAUCAGCUUUUUACUGUACUGUUCAUGUUCAUGUUCAUGUUUCCUUAAAAAUUUCUGUCCCAGACAGUACCCAACAUCCACAGUUGGUUUAUUCAGUGAGAUAGAUUUUAUUAUAUAUAUGUUUGUCAUGUAAAUUUAUAAAUA